CUUCUUGAAAUUUUUCCUCAAGUGCAAUCAGAAUUGUUUGAAAACAGCUGGGAACCCACGAGAUAUGCGACGGUUUCAGGUCGUGUUAUCUACAACAGUGAACGUCGAUGGACAUGUACUGGCAGUGUCUGACAAUAUGUUUGUUCAUAACAACUCAAAACAUGGACGGAGGGCACGAAGACUUGAUCCUUCUGAAGCCACUCCCUGCAUCAAAGCUAUUAGCCCGAGUGAAGGGUGGACUACGGGAGGAGCAAUGGUGAUCAUUAUCGGAGACAACUUCUUUGAUGGACUACAGGUCGUAUUUGGGACCAUGCUUGUAUGGAGUGAGCUGAUCACUCCUCAUGCCAUCCGUGUCCAGACACCGCCUCGUCACAUCCCCGGUGUGGUUGAAGUAACAUUAUCAUACAAAUCAAAACAAUUUUGCAAAGGAGCUCCUGGUAGAUUUAUUUAUACAGCUUUAAAUGAGCCUACCAUAGACUAUGGUUUCCAAAGACUCCAGAAGGUUAUCCCAAGACAUCCUGGUGAUCCAGAGCGACUAGCCAAGGAAAUGCUGUUGAAGCGAGCAGCUGACCUAGUGGAAGCACUGUAUGGGACGCCACAUAAUAAUCAGGACAUCAUUCUGAAACGAGCUGCUGAUAUUGCAGAAGCUCUUUAUAGCGUCCCGAGGAAUCCUGGUCAAAUCCCUACUUUGUCCAGUUCUCCUGCUCACACCAGCAUGAUGGGCAUCAAUUCCUACGGCAGCCAAUUAGGAGUCAGCAUCUCCGAGUCAACACAAGGGAAUAAUCAAGGUUACAUCCGCAACACAAGCAGCAUCUCCCCACGAGGUUACUCUUCUAGCUCGACCCCUCAGCAGUCUAAUUACAGCACUUCCAGUAACAGCAUGAACGGUUACAGCAACGUCCCCAUGUCUAACCUGGGUGUUCCUGGCUCGCCUGGAUUCAUUAACGGCUCUCCCACAGGAUCUCCCUAUGGCUUGAUGUCCUCAAGUCCAACAGUUGGCUCCUCUAGCACUUCUUCCAUCCUCCCGUUCUCCUCCUCGGUCUUCCCUGCCGUCAAACAAAAGAGUGCCUUUGCUCCUGUCAUCAGACCCCAAGGAUCCCCCUCCCCGGCUUGUUCCACUGGCAAUGGAAAUGGGUUUAGAGCCAUGACUGGCCUUGUCGUUCCUCCAAUGUAAAAGAAGAGGAAAAAUCGCUGAAGCUCCCUCCCCCACUUUUUUUUUCUUUUUUACAGCACAAAACUACUUAUUGAUUUGGAGCACUAAAAAGGAAAAAAUAGCACUCCAAGCUAUUCCAUGGGAAUCCAUGUGCAGAGAAAAAGGGAACUUUUUUAAUGGAUGGGACAUUCUAGGAGGUUGCUCUCAUCUGUUCCAGUUUUCAUACACACUUACAUCAACCCCUAGAACAUUAAAGGAGGAAUUAGCCAAGAUCCAGAUGUAUACUGUUUAUGGGGUUGAAUCCAGAAUACAAGGUUUUUCUUAUGGACAAAAAAACCUUCAUAGCAUUUGUAAAAUAUUAAAAGGAGGAACAAAUUGGCCAACUGUUCGAGCUUGCUAUUUUGGAUACUCUUUGUUUUACUUUGUAGGAGAAAAAAUGUUGAAGUUUCUAUUUUCUAUGGAGCAUUUCAGAUACCAGUUUAGUUUAUGCAGAAAAAAAAUCACAAAACAGGGUACCAGCAUGGAAGACUUUCUUAUAAAACUGAUAUGAAUGGUGAAAUGUGGAUGUAUGUGUGUAUUUGCUUAUAGUUUAAUCUCUUUUAAAAUGGAAAAUGUAAUAUGUUUUACAAUUAUUUAAAUAAAUAAACUUGUAAGUUAUUGUAUGUAGAGGUAGACAUUGAAGACUUUGGGGGGAGUUUUUUGCCUCCUGUCGUACAAUGAACAACAGCAAAAAGAAUGCAAAAAUGCGGCAACAAGUUCUUUAUGCUACAACCUGUCUUCACUCCUCUCCUGCUCCUCAUUGAACCAUGUACAAGAAUGUCAUAAAUUCUUCACGAAGGACUCAUCCACAACCUUUUAUACACAUAAUGGUAUAUAUACAUAUAUAUAUAUAAAUAUAGGACAGUAGUUAAUGUAUGAAUAUUAUACACUUUUUCAUCUUUUGAUUCAAUCAAGGUUUCAGGUCCUGGCGUAAGCUGUCUAGUUUCAGACAUCCUAUCAGUAACUAUGUGGCAUGCAUGGGGUUUUAAUCAGGUUUUCGUGUGGAACUGUCAUUACUUUUCAGGUUGCAGCUGAGCAAGAAAGAACAGGAAAGUUUCUCUAGUUGAUUGCUUUCCGUGUAGUAAAGGCGAUGUUCCGUAUAUGUUACAAAGAAGGUUGAUGCUCACAUACGAAUCUUAACGAUCCUAGGUGAAUGUUGUGAAUACGCAGAUCUUGACUUGGAUAACAGUCAACAUUCGCCAACGUAUCCUAAGACUUAGGCAUUUCUAAAACUUUGUGCAGGAUUGUCUGGGCUCACUUUUGAGUUCUGGAAGCCAUCAGUUGUUCCGUGUAACAUAUACAUGAUAAGAAACCUGUACAUUCUUAUAUAAUUCAGAAGUAACAAUAGAACAAAGCAUCCAGGAUUUGAAUGAGAAUAUGCAUUUGGCUCCAUGGCAGAGGAUUGAUUUCUGUGGGGCUGACCAUGGAUUUCAAUGAAGUUGGUACCAAUCUUUCCUUUUGAGAAACAAAAUGAAAGCAAAGGCCAUGCUCUCCAUUUAUUUGGAUGGAGGGCCAGGGUCUCCUCAUACAAACAAGAGCACGCAUGCAGAAGGUCCCUCCACUGAAAUGAAUGGGAAGGCAUACUUGCACAAGAGACCCAUAUGCACAUGCUUCCAGACUUACACGGAUCUGUGAAUCAGGGCAACUGUCUCAAGAAAUUAACGAGGAAUGUCGUGAACGUGCUGAUCCAUGGCUUCCUUGGCAACAUGUUGAUCACUGGUAAGAGCUGUUUUUAUGAGUUGGUAGUUUCCCCAAGAUCUUCUAAACCCCCUUUCUGUUGCUGUCAUUGUAACCAUCUCUAUUGGAGUCCCGUAUGUUGAUAAUACACCUAUAAAAUCUAUUGAUCACUUAUUGGCUUUUUACAAUAUACUAUUUAUAUAUGUACCUGUAUUUUAAGGUGAAACCCAAACUUCUGUGCACCCAAUGAGGGUAAAUGUGUUUUUCAGGGGAAUAAAAACAUGAGUGUUUUCCCAUGAUGA